AUGAGAUCCGCCUUCAUCAUUCCCGUUUUCCUCGCCUUGGCUGUCGCUGAAGACAGAAACAACAACGGCAGAAACCGAAACAACAACAACAAUAACAACAACUAUUUCAACAGCUACUGGAGCUCCAUCGUCAAUGGUGCCCAGCCUGGGAAUAACAGAGACGUGGUUCCUGGUCAGAGCUCUUCACUGAGUUCAGCUUCUUCAAGUUCCAGUUCCGCCUCUUCUGCUUCAAACCCAUUUAUGGCUUGGACUUCCAUCUUCCCCAGUGCGUCCUCCAGGGAGCCUCUUCCGCAGUCGACCAGCUCGAACACUCCGGCCGAGGCAUCGCCGUCCCCAACUUCCUCGUCGACUUCCAGCUCUGCUCCUCCAACCUCAUCCACUCCUUCAACUUCAGAGACCCCCGUCGAGACAUCCACUCCCACCACGUCCCUGAGCUCGAGCAGCCCUAGCUCAUCCUCGUCAUCCACACUCAGCACCGUGGCCCCCAGUCAGAUACAGUUGACCACUGAAUCAUCGCAGUCUUCUGAACUGCCGCAGACUUCUAGUGAGCCAAGCACCCUGUCGCCAGAACCCCUGUCGCCAGAGACUUCUUCCCAGCCCACUACCUCGUCUGAGCCUCCAGCCGAGCCAACUACAUCCCUGACUCCAUCAUCGCUGAGUGCCGAGGAGCCAACUUCGCUGACGCACCAGGAAUCUGUCGAGACCACCCCGCUGACCACGAGCUCAUCACUGAGCUCUUCGCUGGCUCCCGAGACUUCCACAGUUUCGCCAACGGAAGAGAACCCACUGGCUUUCACUGAGACCACGUCUUCGCUGUCGUCUGAGUCUUCUCUGACCGCCACAACCUCUUCUUCUACACCUGGAACCUCGACCCCUUCCUCGACCCUUUUGGAAUCGACAUCCUCCUCGGAGGCUCCCACUGUCUCGGGUGUUCCAACUAGCAGCACCCACUCUCUGACGGAGGAAACGACUUCUUCUACUCCAUCUUCCUCGGAGACCACCAGCAGCUCAACUUUCUAUGGUGCUGUCCCAUCAAGUGAGAGCACAACUAGCUCGGAACCGGAGACUACUUCUUCCACUAACGAGUUUAGUGAAGCUUCCGGGACACUGACCUCGCUGACACCAGUGAGCCUGACUAUCCCUGAGACGCCUACCAGUCUGACGUUCCCAGAGACCUACGAGAGCCUGACUUUCCCAGAGACUCCCGAGAGCUCAACAUUCCCAGAGACAAGCUCCGAAGCAUCAACCACUUACGAAGCGUUUACCUCUCUGCCAGUGGCCUCAGAGACUUCCUCUCCAGAGAGUGCAUACCCUCUGGCUUCUGAGACAUACGAGUCCACUGGUGCUCCAUCCGAAACCACAGAGUCCACGUCGAGCUACGAGGCUUUCACUACAACAUCGUCUUCUAGUGAACCUCCAACUGAGACUUACGAGCCUAUCCCCAGUUCGUUCGACUCCUCCUCGGAGCAGUUUGUCUCGCUGAGUAUCGCGGAGCUGCCAAGUUCAUCAGAAGACACCAGCACAUUGUUGGCUGUUACACCUUCUGGUAGCAGUGAGACUCUGUACAGCGAGCCAACCGAGACAUCCUCGCAACCUACAGAAGUGACUUCAGAGCUGGAGACUCUCACUCCACCAGAGUCAAGUUGGUCUGAACCAGUCUCAAGCGAGUUCCCCACCACGCUGGACACUUUUGAUGCCGACACAACAACAUCGUCGUAUGUGCCAUCAGAGGAGACAAGCAGCAGUUUGCUGACACCAGCUGCUGUCAUUACCAGCUCUAGCUCCGAAUGGACUCCCGAGUCGCUGGAAACCGAGGUAUCAACCUUUGAAGAGGCAACACUGUCAGUGAAUGAGACAUCAAGUACUCCAUUGCUCUUGACAACUUCUUCAUUGACAUCCUCUCCAACUCUUGACACUGAGAUCACUCUGGAGACCGCUGAGUCGCUGCCAGCAUGGAGCCUGGUUACCACUGAAGAGUCUUCUACAAUUCCUGUGGUCUCGAGUCCAACAACGGAGUCUGAGGUGCUGCUGGAGGUAGAGUCUUUCCAGCCUACCACGAGCUUGGUUUCCGCCUCUCAAAUCACCACCAAUGAUACUUCUGUGGUCGAAACUUCCACAGCAGAAACCUCACCCGUCGAACAGACCUUUGUGUCUCUGCCAACGGAAGCUUCUCUGCCAACGGAAGCCUCUGAAGUGAGCGUGGUAACUCCAGAACCAUCGUCGCCUGUCGAGACUUCUCCAGCUGAGACGCAGCCUGCUCCAACCGAAGAAGCUUCGCUGUCGACGAAGAACUGGUUGCCUACUCAAAUUGUGGCCGAGUCAACUACUUCCUCAACGGAGGGAGAAACUAUCUCGGCUGCAACCACUGCUGCAACGAAGACUUCAGGUUUGCCAAGAGCUAUCACACCAGCUGAAACAGCAUCUCCUGGAAAGGAGUAUUCGAUGAUUUAUAUUGGAUUCAAGGAGAGCUUGAACUACCCAUUUGUGGUCGAGAAUUCCGUCUCAUCCGCUCAAAUCUUUGAGUACCUUCCUAGAGUGUUGCAAUUUCCAUUUGGUGACGCCAAGGACUACAAAGACACACUUGUGAGCAGCUUGGUACCAUACCAUGCUGACGGCAUCGAUUACGCUAUCACAGUGGCCGAGGUUUACUUCCCAACCAAUGCUGUUGAUGCUUUGUCUCAACUUGUGUUAGACGACAACUCGAAAUUGUACAGGAACCCAGAUGACACCGAGUCCAUGUUAGCAUCCUUGAUCGAUAAGAGAAUUCCUAUUGUUGGCCUUAACACUGACGAUGGUUCAUCACUGGGCAACAAUGGUCAGAACUCCGGAUCAUACGACUCUUCCAAUAACCCUGUGAAGAAGAAGGGCACCAUCGCUGGUGUGGCUACUGGUGCAGCCGUGGGUUCAGUCAUCUACAUGUCUUUGAUGAUUCUCUUGUUCAAGAGGUACAAGAAGAAGAAGGCUCUUCAGCUUCCUCCAACAGACAAUGAGAGUUCAUUGGAUUGGAGUUCUCAGGAGGACUCGCACGCCGUGUCCAACUCAAACGGAACUAGUCUGACUAGACCACCUAUCUCCGAACCAGUGAAUGCAUUCAACUCCCUCGGUUGGUCAAACUAG